CAUUGUGUAGACACUUAAGCUGUGUAGAGAGAGACAGGGGCACUUGGGUAACUCUGUAAGACAAUUGAAUACACCCUGCUUUAACGCGAUUAAACACGCAGGUUUCAGGGGGGAAAGAAAUGUCAGCCAGCAGCAUUGUGGGACAGGUAACGAGAGGCACUUUAUGAACCUUUUCCGAGCGCCGUAGCUUAGCUGUGACUGUCUCUCUCUCUCUGUAGUGCAGCGGUAGGCCUGACCACCUGCUGUCCGACUCACUGGUCAAUAGAAAUCUCUUUUAUUUUCCCCCUCUUUUCAUCCACACAACUCAAACCUUCAUGAAUCACCUGGACCCAAUCCAGAGACCGAAAGGCCAAGGAAACAAAGUGCAAAACGGAGCCGUUGCCCAAAAGGAGACUUUAAAUGAUGAUGAGUUCGAGCCUUAUCUGAACGCUCAGCCCAGACAGAGCAAUGCAUAUACGGCCAUGUCCGACUCCUAUAUGCCUAGCUACUAUGGCCCCUCCAUAGGAUUCACCUACUCGCUCAAUGAAGCGGCGUGGUCCACAGGCGGUGAUCCUCCCAUGCCCUACCUGGCCUCUUACGGACAGCUUAGCAACGGGGAGCACCACUUCCUCCCAGAUGCCAUGUUCGGCCAGUCUGGGGCCCUUGGGAGUAACCCUUUCCUGGGUCAGCAUGGUUUCAACUUUUUCCCCAGCGGGAUUGACUUCUCUGCCUGGGGGAACAGCAGCUCUCAGGGACAGUCCACACAGAGUUACGCCUACGCGCCCAGCUCCCUCGGGGGUGCUGUGAUCGAUGGACAGUCUCCAUUUACCGCCAAUGAGCCUCUUAACAAGGCCGUAGGGAUGAACAGUUUGGACCAGGGUAUGGCAGGGCUAAAGAUUGGGGCGGGAGACAUGACACCUAAAGUUGUUGGUUCUGGACUUCCUGGUGGACCUUUGAAUCAGGUAUCAGCAGCUCCCAGCAUGCCCGCACCUUCCAUUGCCCCUGCCAAAGUGGCAUCCUGGGCAGACAUAGCCAGCAAGCCUGCCAAACCCCAGCCUAAGGUCAAGACUAAAGGUACCUUAGGGGGCACAAACCUUCCCCCUCCACCAAUCAAACACAACAUGGAUAUUGGCACGUGGGAUAACAAAGGGGCAGUGCCGAAAGCAGCGACACCGCAACAGUCGGCACUGCCCACCAACGGACAGCCACCCAACCAGGCCUCUCCUCAGCCAGCCGCACCCGCGGGAGGAGUACCGCAGCAUCCUCUCACCAAUGGACAGCUCAUGCCUCCUAAUGUUCCAUUAGGGCAGCACCCCCAGGCUCCUAACGGGCAACCAGGUAUGGCUCCUCCUCAGCUUCAAGGCCCAUCCCCUCCGCAACAACCAUCUCAACCGACUCGCUGGGUCCCUCCUCGUAACCGUGCCAAUGGCUUUGGGGAUGCAGCAGGUGGGGCCAGCCAGUCUCCUCCCAGUGCCGGAAUAGGUGGCAUCAGUGUGGCACAAGAGCCGCAUCCGGUCCUCGAGAAGCUGCGUCUCGUCAACAACUACAACCCGAAGGACUUUGACUGGAAUCCCAAGCAGGGACGCGUGUUUAUUAUAAAGAGCUACUCUGAGGACGACAUCCACCGCUCAAUUAAAUACAACGUGUGGUGCAGUACGGAGCACGGCAACAAGCGCCUGGACGCGGCCUACCGCUCUCUGGGCGGUAAGGGGCCCCUGUACCUGCUUUUUAGCGUCAACGGUAGUGGCCACUUCUGUGGCGUGGCCGAAAUGCGCUCACCCGUGGACUACAACACGUGCGCCGGUGUGUGGUCACAGGAUAAGUGGAAGGGUCGGUUCGACGUACGCUGGAUCUUUGUCAAGGACGUGCCCAACAGCCAGCUGCGUCACAUCCGUCUGGAGAACAACGAGAACAAGCCAGUGACCAACUCGCGCGACACGCAGGAGGUACCGCUCGACAAGGCGCGGCAGGUGCUCAAGAUCAUCGCCGGCUACAAGCACACCACCUCCAUCUUCGACGACUUCUCGCAUUAUGAGAAGCGCCAGGAGGAGGAGGAGAGUGUUAAAAAGGUGGAGGUCCAGGGGAAUGACCCAUACUCGAGUAAUCCCAGCCGGAGUCACUACAGACUGCAGGAACGUCAAGGACGUGUCAAGUAAAAGCCACUUGUUUUUUUUGCGGAGGGGAAUGACUGACAGGGUCCUGUUCUCCCCAAUCAUACAUCCAGAUGUUCUCACUGAUUAUUCUGGGAAAAAGACUUAUCCAAGGAUUCAAAGCAAGAAAAAAAUGAAUGAAAAAAAAAAACCUAAAUGAAGACUCUUCUCUUGAUUUCUGUUGACUUUAAAGACUUACUUUGAACUUGUAGUAAAGGAAAAAAACGAUUAUUCAUAGGACUACAACUUAAUUCUAUAGGAUGCUUAGGUGAUCAUUUUCGCUCCCUUUUUUUUUUGCCCAUUCUCUUUUUUUUUUUCUCUCCCCCCCUUACUGCCUCCUUUUUUUUUCUCUC